GGGCUUGCUCGUAGAAGAAGGAAAUCUGAAAGCGACACAAGAAUUAUUGGAAAAAUGCCUUCAUCAUCCAGUUGCAUCUUCAUCAUCGACUUCGACUUGUUGUUCGACAGGAGGAGCACCACAGCAAGCGGACACACAUCAACUCUUAGCAAACGAGCGUUUUGUUUCGACUUUUUUCCGUGGCUGUCUACGAUGGGGAUAUGUCGACUUCGCUUUUGAACAGUACUCCAAGUGGACAAAGCAGGUUGAUCGAUUUCGGCUUCCAGAUGCGGCGCUUCUUUACCUGGUUAAACUUGCGUGUCAAGCCUUGAGGCUGCAGACUGUAAAGGAGUUAUUGAUGAGUCAUGGGAAGAAAAGACUCCUGCUCAACACUAGCUCCUCAACAUCAAAAAAAAACGCUCCUCAACAGCUGUCUCUAUCCGAAGUGCAAAUGUUGGUGGCGAUUGGACGUGCGCGUCUCUUGUUGGACCAGUCGGACAAAUUCGAGACGGUGAUAGGAAAAGCGGAGUCAGGGUUAAGAGCUUUGUUUGCUGAGAGGCGGGAAAUGAGGAAAACGAAAGGUUCUGCGACGACGAGGGAGGAAGGCAGUACUGAGAAGAAGAUGGAGGUUCUUGAGGGCGACGCCAAGAUGGAGGUCGAUGAAGAGGAGGACUCAGAGGAGGACUCAGAGGACGAAGAGCACUCCGACGACGGUCGCGAUGAUGUCGCUGAUGCACAGACUUCGAAAGUAGUAGACGCCCUAGACGACCCAGCUGCUACCCUUCAGCCAGGAAUCUUCCAACUUCACGUGAUGAAGGACUUGGAUGCUGAAAUAAAGCGGUUGCGAUUCUUUCUUAAAAAGAGCUCAACAGAGAACAUUAAGCGGGAAGACUUCUAUUCGCAGUUUGCGUAUCUUCAUAGUGCAGCUAGUGUUAGCGACGAAGGUGAGCAGGACCAGGCUGGUGCUGAUCCCCGUGCUUUGCGAACUAUUGGCUACAGAGGCGACCGCGUAGUGGAGCCAGAGCUACGAAACGUGAGUGACCUGAUCAGCGUCAAAAGAAACGAAGUAGACAAAGACCCUUCUAGUGCCAAGAAAAUUACCAAGAUCGAGUUAGGUCCUGGUCUCGGAGAAUGGGUCCUACAGAAAGCCACCUCAGAACCCGACACUUUGUUCGUAGCUUGCGAACUAAGACAUGAACGCUGUGUGCGAAUAUGGCAGGACUGUGUGCUUCAAGGCCUGAAAAAUGUCAUAGUGCUCGGUGGAGAUGCGACGAAAACACUUGAGGCAUUGAAGAUCUCCGCAUCCGCUGGUGGAAGUCAGCAGGUAGACCUUGUCGUGAGCAAUUUUCCACAGCCGCCGACAUGGCAUCAGAAGAGUGCGAUGUUUUCCUCCUCAACAGAGGAACAAGACGGUCAACAUCUUUUAACUGCUGACUUCAUCAACACCCAAGUUUAUGCGUUGCUGGGUCGUCCCGCCGAAAGCGAAAGUGCUGGGACUUUCUUGGUUUUUAGCGACAACAGAGAAUAUCUGAACUGGAUGGCAAGGGAAGUCUUCAACAAGAAAGUCGACUACACCGGGCGGCGGUGUAGUUGGGCCGAUGCAGGAGCAGUACUACUAGACGAGGACAAGAAAUCAUCCAAAAAGGAUGCCUCCUCUUCCACCAUAAAAGUCCACACCGGUCGCCCAACCGAGUGUGAGAUGGAGGAAAAAACGUAUUUUGAUCGCAUGUGGUCGCAAGGGAAGAAAAAAGAUCGAUGCUUUAUUCGGGUGCGUAGGGCGCCGGACCUUGCAGGUCCUCGUGCUUGAAUUUUUCAUGAUCAUGAUAGAGGAUGAUGUCAUUGCCACUGGAACAAGCACCACAAGAACCAAGUUCCUUUCAACAGCACUUUCUCGUCUUCGCAUUAUCACUCAUGUGUAUGCGCAAAAAUUGUUAAGACACCGUGUCCGUGCUGUCCCACGAACAGCACCGCCUCGGACUCCAUGCAGUAAUUUCUGGUCAACAUGAUGCCAGCACUUUUGUGUUCACCAAAGUAGACGUGCUCUCUCUCGUUGUCCUGUUAGGAUCGGAAGCUUAGACCAAAUCCAGAUCCAUAUCUUCGG